AUGACUCUAGUGUAUCAACCAAAGCAUCCUCAUUUAGCGGCCCUGCCCUGGUGGAUGUCGCGUUGGAUAGGUUACAGACCGUCGCCAGUUGCGAUCUCUCCAUUAUGGGUUAACUGCAUAUGGUCAUUUAUUGCAGUAUUCUGUGGCAUUGCCACCAUACAAGCUAUAUUCACCCACGUACAUUUUUUCGUGAAUCAAGACAUCCCACCCGUCAUCGCAAACUAUGUAGCCUCUGUCGGCCUCAUCGGUGCCCUAGUGAACUCUCCAUUUGCUCAGCCGAGGCCAAUGUUUUGCGGGCAUAUGAUAGGCGCUGUUACUGGGAUAUGCAUAACGAAGCUUAUGGAGCUGCUACCAGAAGAACGAUUCCUUCAGUUUCGAUGGCUCGCAGGAUCUGCAUCGUGUGCAACGACUCUUGUUCUUAUGCAAAUGACCAACAACAGACAUCCUCCCGCUUGUGCUACAGCUAUCCUCGUGGCUAUAGAUAACAACCUUCGCAUUUUGUCUUGGUCCUUCAUACCAAUCAUCCUCCUUACCGCGACCGUCUCCCUUUGUAUCACGCUGUUUAUCAAUAAUAUCCAGCGUCGUUAUCCUGCAUUCUGGUUAUAUCCCGGGGACCUGGACGAGCCGCCUCCUAUUGUUGCCGAGGAAGAUGAUCCCACGACAAGGGUGAAUAGCACAGUCGACCUUCCCAAGACGAUCCAGGAUAAAAGUCCCGUCUAG